AUGUCUUUAGGCACAACAAGAACAUAUUCGUUCAAUGCUUUGUUGGCGCUCAUUUUUAGAUUCCCGUUGUUUGCAUAUGUUGUUGGUUUUAUCGAAGAUUUUGUAAUUUCAAUCAUGAAAACGGGUCCUAUUCCAAAACAUAUUGCCAUGAUCAUGGAUGGUAAUAGAACUUACGCAAAAAAUCACAGAUUACCUUUGAAAGAGGGCCAUUUUGCUGGUGCUAAUGCUUUAGUUAAAGUAUGA